GUCAUCACUACCAAUACUGGAAUAAGAUGUCUGUUGCAGGAGCAGAGAAAGAAGUAGCGGCGGAUGAUCGGUCAACUUCCAGUCAAUCUCAAUCCCCAAAUUUCCAGAUUUUCUUUCCAAACCCAAACUCUGUUCUUAAUCCCUCUGUUUAAUCUCACAUAAUUUCACCUCAAUUUCCUCUUCCAGAUAAGAACCCCCACGCGCGCCCACUCCACAUUCGCCUCUUCUUCUUCGAUUAUCCGUUCCCCUGCCCAGAUCUCUCGACAACCUCUGCUCCUCAUGUUUCUUCGCUAAGACAAACCCGAAAAACCCAUUUGGGGUUGUCGGAUUUUCUGUUUUUUCUCUGAUUCUUCGCUGUUUAUACCGAUUUUCUUUAAUGGGUUGCGCCACUUCCAAGCUCGACGACCUCCCUGCCGUUGCACUCUGUCGCGACCGUUGCGCUUUUCUUGACGAAGCGAUUCGGUUUCGCCACGCGUUCGCUCAGGCUCAUACGGCGUAUAUUCUCUCUCUCCAAGCGGUUGGGAAAUCUCUGCACAAUUUUAUUGAACCGGGUUAUGUUUAUUCUGAGCCCUCUUCUUCGCCUAAUCUCAAGCUUCCUAAUCAAAGAAAGGGCGACUCUGAUCUUCAACCUUCUAAUUCGCCUCUCCAUCGUUUAUCUCACUCCAAUUCCAGUUCCCAUCUCCAUUUACCCUCCGAUUCCGACGAUGAUUCCAGUUCCCUUCACCAUUCCGAUCACUCUUCGCCGUUGCACCAAACCCACGGCGAUUUUCUUGACUACCCAGAUGGGAAUCGCGGUGGUUUUGUAUCCGGCGGUGGCGGUUUUGUGCAGAUGAACUAUAUGAAGAACAAUGCGAUGCAGUCGGUGGUGCAUCAACAGAUGCCAAUUAGUACAGAGAGGGUUUAUCAAAUGGGUGAAUCUGCCUCUUCUUCUGGUUAUUAUCCUUAUCCGAAUAAUGGGUAUUCUAAUUAUGGCGGUGGUUAUGGUGGAUAUUACGGUUCUUCGUCAUCGAAGCCACCACCGCCGCCGCCUUCUCCGCCGAGAAUCUCCGCUUGGGAUUUCCUUAACUUCUUUGAAACUCCGGCUGUGGGGAACUACUACGGCAGCUACACGCCGGGGAGGGAUCCGAGAGAAGUGAGAGAGGAAGAGGGAAUUCCGGAAUUGGAAGAUGUACGAUAUUACCAACCGGAGGUUGUGAAGAAGGUACACGGCGACCAUAACUUCGCCGUGGAUAGCGGCGGGAAGUACUCUAAAGCGGCGGUGGACGACCCAUUAAAGGUAGUGAACAAGAACGUCGCCGCCGCGGCUUAUCAGACGAAGCCCAGCGCUGCAGUGGAAGAUGCCGUGCAAUAUGAGAUGGGUGUUGUUAAUAAGAAGCUUGAGGGCCAUGGCAAUGGAGCUCCUUCUAGCUCUGCAGCACUCAAAAGGGGAGGUGGUUCAAGGGAUGUUUAUGAAGUGGUGAAAGAAAUUGAAGCUCUGUUCAAAAAAGCCUCAGAGUUUGGAGAUGAAAUCGCCAAGAUGUUGGAAACGGGUCAGCUCCCUCAUCAACAUAAACAUGCAAUCUUGACUCGACCGCCCGCUUCACGGCGGAGGGCCAAGCCCUCUGCUAUGGCUGGUGCUGCUGCUGAAGUCGUCUUUGUUGAGGAUAUUGGUAUGAGAUCUGGAAAUCUUUCAGCUACCUUGAAGAAAUUGUAUAUGUGGGAGAAGAAACUUUAUAAUGAAGUGAAGGGAGAGGAAAAGAUGCGGAUGAGCCACGAGAGGAAGCGACAUCAGCUCAAACGUUUGCACGAGAGAGGUGCCGAGGCUCAGAAAGUUGAGGCCAUUCAAACAUCCAUAAAUACGUUGUCGACGAACUUGAAAAUUGCGAUUCAAGUGGUCGAUAAGAUUUCCGAGACGAUAAAUAAGAUUCGGGAUGAAGAACUUUGGCCACAAGUUAAUGAACUGAUUCAAGGGUUAACCAGGAUGUGGAAAGGUAUGCUCGAAUGCCAUCAUGCUCAGUUCCAAGCGAUUAAAGAAUCGCGUGGUUUAGGCCAUAUUAGAUCAGGUGGAAAGCCUAGUGAUCUCGAUCUUCGAGUGACGUUGCAACUCGAUCACGAGCUUAUUAGCUGGACAACUAGUUUCUCAGGUUGGAUAAGCGCCCAGAAAAACUUCACAAGAUCCUUGAACAAUUGGCUGCUGAAAUGUCUUCUGUAUGAGCCUGAAGAAACACCUGAUGGAUUCGUUCCUUUCUCACCGGGCAGGAUUGGUGCACCACCCAUCUUUGUAAUCUGCAACCAGUGGUCACAAGUUCUGGACAGAUUCUCUGAGAAGAAGGUAGUCGAUUCUAUGCACGUGUUUGCUAAGAGCGUUCUUCAAAUAUGGGAGCAUGAUAAGCAAGAAGUGCGUAAGACGAUGAUAACGAACAAGGAUCUCGAAAGGAAAGCUAAAAGAAUCGAUCGAGAUGACCAAAAGUUGCAGAAAAAGAUUCAGGCAUUGGACAAGAAACUCAUUAUGGUCACUGGACAUGUGCAAGGAGAUGGCACUAUCAGCCUGCAGGCAGGUCUGCAGUCCAUUUUCGAGGCGCUCGAGAGGUUUGCAACCGACUCCAUGAAAGCAUACGAGGAGCUUUUGCAACGAAGCGCCGAAGAGAGUGCCAAGGCAAGAGUAUGAAGAAGGUCGCUUGUUUCUUGUGAUUUGAAUCAUCAUUAUACUGCCAAUGACAACACCAUCAAAAAGUUCGACUGGAACUCGACUGUAAUAGCCCAAGUUCAUUACUAGCCGAUAUUGUCCUUUUUGUGCUAUUUCUUUCGAACUUUCCCUCAAGGUUUU